CACGCCAACUGCCAAAUCAACGUGCCCUUUUUCUGAAUUUUGCAGUUUUAAUUUUUAUUUAGAGUAUAUUUUUAACAACUAUGUCAUCAUCGUUCUUUUUAAAAGGUAAAUCAAGGAAAAUUCACAAAAGAAAAGGUGACAAAAUAAACAAGGUAAAGCCAAAAAAAGUCAGCGCUCCUAACCUAGAAAACGGACAUGAAUCUUCUUCAGACAGCGAUUUAGAUUUAAAGAAGUUCUCCGAUGCCGAGGCUUCCGAGAGCGACCAUGAAACAGCGGAAGAGAAGAAGCUCAGAUUAGCAAAAAAAUAUUUGGAAGAAAUAGAAAAAGAGGAGGCAAAACGCGCAGAAUUGAAAGAAGUCGAUGCGAUUGAAAAACGUCUGCAGAAAGAUUACUUAGAACAAAAAGGUAAACUACGUGUUGAAGUCGCAGACGGUUAUACCGCUCCUCAUACUGAUGACAUCCGGCUAGUCAAAGCAAAAGAGCACAGACUUACAUUGACAUGCCUGUGCAUUAGCUAUGAUGGAGAGUAUGUAUUCACGGGCUGCAAGAGUGGCACUAUUGUCAAGUGGGGAGUUCGCGAAAAAAGAAAACUAGGCUCUCUCACUUAUAAAAGUCAUUCCAAUUUCCUCAAAGGAGCCAUUACCUCCAUUGCUAUAUCAUCGGACUCCAAGUACUUAGCUACCGCAGAUCACUCAAAUAAUGUGCAAAUUUGGGAUCCGCACACUUUAAAACAUGUUCACACAUUCAAAGGUCAUAAGGACAUUAUCAUUGGAUUAGUUUUUAGAAGAAACACCCAUGACUUGUAUUCUGCCGGCAAAGAUAGAUCGGUUAAGAUAUGGUCUUUAGAUGAAAUGGCAUAUGUUGAAACCCUAUUUGGUCAUCAAUGUCCUAUAACAUCUAUCGAUGCACUGACAAGAGAAAGAGCCAUCACUACAGGUGGAAGAGAUACAACGGUGAGGAUAUGGAAAAUUGUUGAAGAGUCUCAGCUUAUCUUCAAUGGGCCAGAAGGUAGUAUCGAUGUGGUCAAGCUGUUGGAUGAGGAGCAUUUUAUCUCUGGCAGUGAUAAUGGUUCUAUUUGUCUAUGGAGUGUGUUAAAGAAGAAACCUCUAUGGACUGCCACAGAGGCACACGGCAAGGAAAACGAUGUUCCACGAUGGAUAACCAGUCUGGCGACCUUGAUCAACUCAGAUAUGUUUGCUUCAGGGUCCUACGAUAACAAUAUUAGAUUGUGGAAAGUAUGUGAUUCAUACAAAAAGUUUAUUCCAAUGUUUAGUAUAGAAGUCGUUGGUUUUGUUAACUGUAUGCAGUUUACCACAGAUGGCAAGCAAUUGUACGCAGCAGUGGGUCAGGAACAUAAAAGUGGAAGAUGGUUUAAGCUAAGUAGCUCAAAGAAUGGUCUAUUAAUUGUUAAUUUUCCAAUUAAGUUAUGAUUAUUGUAAUAAAAAUAUUUUCUUAUAUUUAA